GGUACAUUAACUCCACAUAUUUCCUCCCGAGCUAUCAACAGUCUCCUCGGGGUUGACUGUUAACCUCAACCCAACUUUAAAAAAUCACAGAGUGUAAAGAUAAUUUUAUGAUAUUUGGCAAAACGCCUUUCGGAAGACAAACAGUCCGUUUAGUUAACGCCUGUCAACGGGUGAGUCAAAUGACCAAGUCGCUGGUUUGCUAAAUUAUCCUAGCUAGCUCAUAAGCUAACCCGCUCGCCGUCUAGCGUUAACCAGCGCUCUGGCGUCGGAUACAUUACGUUAGCUACGCUUACUUACGGUACAGAUCGUAUGCGAGUGACAGCUCGUCCGCCUCUUAUUCUGGACAACAAACCCGGAAAAGAAGAAAGGCUUCGACGCUCUUUGCCUCAUGGUACUGGGGAUGACGUAAUGUUUUCCUCCCGUCCACCGCCACCUGAGUGAAGGCAUUCCAGCACAGAGUCCCGUCAGCGGGCCAGAGGGCCUCUUCACAGCCGACGGGGCCACCACGAUUUUUGACGAGGUGUUAAAGAGAAAGUGAAAGGAUGGUGCAGCCCCAGCCCGAUGGGCCGAUGCAGUGGGACAUGCCAGCAGAGGAGAGUGGUGGGACCCUCAGGGUCUCAGCAGAGCUGGCUGCCAAUGAAGUGGUGACCAGGUUGCUGGGUGAUAACCAGCAGCUCAGAGAGGCCCUGCGGCAGAGCAACCUAGCCUUGCGUCAGCGCUGCGAGGAGAUGGAGGGAUGGCAACGGAGGACGAGAGAGGAAAGAGAAUUCCUCAGCUCUCGUUUCCAGGAGGCCCGGAGCCUGGUGGAGAGGCUGGCCCAGGAGAACCACUCCUUACAGGGUCUGGUGAAUGGACCUGCCUCGUCGUCUAACCACAGCUGCAGCUCCAGCCAGACUGAAGACCUGCAGGGACGACCGGCAAAGAACGGUCCGCACGACGGACCACAGACUCUUGAUCAGCGGGAGAGGAAGAGAGUUGAGGAGACGGAUCAGCACACACAGACCCUGCCGCCUCGCAGCCUGGGUGAUGCCACUGUGCAUAGCUCCUUGACUAGCACCCUCCUCACUCCCCCCGCCUCAUUUUCAGAGGCACUGGGGGAGUUGAUGGGCAGGGCAAAUGGCCAGCCCGUGGAAGAUGCCAAUGAGUUCCCGCAGCUGCUGAAGAGCCACAAAGAGAAACUGGAAGAAGGCAUGAGAGAGCUGAGGAGAAAGAAUGAAGAGCUGGAGAGGCACAGGGAUGAGGGGGAGAAAGAGCGGGAGCGGAUGCAUUGCUGCAUUGUCCAGCUGCAAGCCAAACUGGCCCAAGCACAGGCAAACAGUGUUGCUGAGGAGGCGGUUCAACAUCGCUCCGAGGCUCAGCACUCCUCUGACUGCUCUAGCCUGGCUAAACUCAAAGAGCAGCUUCAGGCCACACAGGGCAGGUACCGGGAGUUGGAGGAGAAGCUUGAUUACCUGCAGAAGAGUUCAGCUCAGCGUGACAGAACUGAAGCUCAUCUCAAGCAGAAGGACAAGGAAUGUGCUCAGAUAGCCAAAGACUGUGAUGCUCUGAAAGCUCAGGCCACUUCCCUAUUGGGAGAACUGAAGGAGAGACAGAGCUGCCUGGAGAAAAGUGAGCAUGAACGCAAAAUGUUGGAAGACAAGCUAUGCAGUAAGCUGAAGGCCCUGCAGGUGGCCGAGCGCGAGCUGGAGCAGCAGAGGAAGCAGCAUCAUGUGGCCAUGGACAAGCUGCUGCUUCAGACCCAGAGCCUGGAGCAGGCCCUGAAGACAGAGAGACAUGUGGUCACAGAGGAGAAGAAAAAACUGACACAACUGCAGCAUGCCUACACGUGCCUCUUCAGAGACUAUGAUUCUAAGCUGAAGAGUGAGGGAGGAGAUCUGUGCAGCCGACUAGAGGAGGCGGAGCGAGCUCUGGCCCUGAAGCAGGAUCUGAUCGAUAAACUGAAGGAAGAGGUGGAGCAGCUGAAGGGCUCACUGGAGACUGUUCCUGUUCUCACCGCACAGGCUGAGAUCUACAAGGCAGAUUUUCUAGCAGAGAGAGAAGCAAGAGAGAAGCUGAACCAGAAGAAGGAGGAGCUGCAGGACCAUCUCACUCAGGCCCUAGCUGAGAUUGACAGGCUCAAACAGGAAGCCACAUCACGCGCACGAAUGGAGCAAAUGAAGAUGAGGCACAUGGAAGACUUUCCACCACGGGCUCCACACAUUCCGCCACCACAAGGUGUGUUCCCCGGUACAGCGUUCAACACGGUGCCACCUGCGCCCUCAUUCCGCAAUGCAGGUUUAGUACCAGUUGGUGAUCAAGGGGCAGCCGGAGCUGAGGAUGUGCCGGAUUUAUGUUGUCCCAAGUGCCAGUACCAGGCUCCAGAUAUGGACACACUGCAGAUACAUGUCAUGGACUGUAUACAGUAACAUGAGCAGAGUGAGCACGCCAUGACACCAACACACGUAGGAAGAUGUAUAUUACAGUUUAAUCACGUAUUUGACAUUCAGCGUGUCUGCUGCCAGCUCUGGGCACAGCCUGGAAAAACGUGUUCGGUAGUUGCACCUUACUCUCUCUGCAAUGCAAACACACACAAUUACAUACUGUACCAUUUUUAAAUCCUGAAUAUGUUGGAAUCAAGACAACUAGCAGUCAGAAGACAGUAUGAACAUGUGAAACAAAAGAGUUUCAUACCACAGAUUUGAUUUCUGCUGUAGCUUUUCCAUUCUGCAGCCCGUCCCUUUUCUCGCCAUCCUUUUUGUUUCCCAGUGCUUGUUCUGUCAUUUCCCCUCCCGCCCCUCUACUUUCAUUUCCUUUCCUCUCCGUGCCUUGCCUCUGGCACACUGAUGCCCAGUUUGUCCCAUUUUCUAGUCUCACUUCACUCCAGUGGCGUAGUGGCAACUGAGGCGGUAACUACAUCCUGGGGACUAAAAGCAUGUACCUGUAAAUUUUAACUACAUCGUCCAUGUUAUAUACAUGAGUAACAAUUGGGCCUAAAGUGAUGCUAUGUCAUUACAAAAAUCACAAUUCACAGGGUUACUUCACAGGGUUAUGUGAAUAACUUAGUGGGCUUGAAAUAAUAAAGAAUAUUUAAAUAUGUUUUGUUCAUAAAUGUCGCUUGUCUACAUUACCUCAAAACAUGUACUCUUAUGUAUUAGAGAUGGAUUUACUCUUAUUGAAAAAAGUAGCCAUUCUCUGUGUUCUGUGCCUGUGUACACCUUUGACAGCACCAAUGCUUUAUCUCUGAUGUCCCCCCCCCCCCCCCCCCACCCCUGUGCCCCUGACUCUGUCCUCUCUUUACCUGUGGCACCAAGCUAUUUAUCUUUCUGAAUGUAAGCACAUAAGAGUUCCUUCACGGUAUGUGUGUGAAUAUUGUCUGUAAUUAUAGAUCAUUUGGUGCAAAGAAUAUUGUUUUGAAACUGUUACCAAAUAAAUCAGUUAUUCAUUA